AUGGAGAAAUCAUUGGAAGACCCCAUUCAGAAUUCCAGCCCUAGCUCAGAUAGCGAUCCUGUCAACAGAGAGAACGAACAUGAUGAAGAAAUUCUGAAUCUGGCUAAAACGUUUACAACCCAGUCUGCUCGGUCUCAUCACCAGUCACCGUUUGCCUCGGAAAGCGAGCACCUGGAUCCGAAGAGCCCAAAUUUUAGGGCCAAAGAUUGGGCCAAGGCGUUCUACAAUGUCAGGUACAACGCUCAGAAUGGAGUUCAACCCUGGGUUGCCGGGGUUGCAUUCAAAAACUUGAACGUUUGGGGCCACGGCUUGCCAACGGACUUUCAGUCAAGCGUUGGGAACUCCUUGUUGAAGUUGCCCGCAUUGUUUGGGAGAGGGUCAAAAAGGAUUGACAUCCUCCGCAAUCUCGACGGCAUCAUACUCCCUGGGGAACAGUUAUGCGUCCUCGGCCCUCCUGGGUCCGGCUGCUCUACACUUCUCAAAACCAUUGCAGGAGACACCUACGGCUUCACGGUAGAUCCGGCCUCCUAUCUGAACUACCAGGGGAUUACACCAAAGGAAAUGCAGGCCACCUUCCGAGGGGAAGCCAUCUACACCGCAGAAGUAGACGCACAUUUCCCUAUGCUGCCCGUGGGUAAAACGCUCUACUUUGCUGCCUUAGCGCGCGCUCCUCGCGUAAUACCUGGCGGAGUCUCUCGUGAACGCUAUGCCGAGCACCUUCGGGACGUUAUUAUGGCCAUGUUCGGCAUCAGCCACACGAUUAACACCCCUGUCGGUAAUGACUUCGUGAGAGGAGUUUCAGGAGGUGAAAAGAAGCGUGUCACAAUCGCUGAAGCUGCCCUUAGCUAUGCCCCUCUUCAGUGCUGGGAUAAUUCUACCAGGGGCCUAGACUCAGCUAAUGCUGUUGAGUUCUGUCGAACACUACGUACUCAAUGUGACGUCUUCGGUACCUCUGCCUGCGUGGCAAUCUAUCAGGCACCUCAGGCCGCUUAUGAGCUAUUCGACAAGGUCACUGUACUGUAUGAGGGCCGGCAAAUAUACUUUGGCAAGGCAAGUCAAGCGCAAUCAUACUUUGAGCGUCUCGGAUUUCAUUGCCCAGAGUCACAGACCACGGCCGACUUCCUUACAUCCAUGUGCAGCCCAGACGAACGCAUCAGCAGAGCCGAUUUUGAAAAGUCGGUCCCUAGGACUCCUGAUGACUUUGCCCGGUGCUGGAGGGAAAGUCCCGAGAGGGCAGAGCUGCUGCUGCAGAUUGAGGAAUAUGACCGCAAUAACCCCCUGAAAGGCGAAAGCCUUACGCAGUUCGCUCAAGCAAGAAAGGUGGAGAAGUCGAAGAAUCAACGCGAGAAGUCACCGUACAAUUUGUCCUACUGGGGUCAGGUUAAGCUCUGCCUUUGGAGGGAAUACCAGAAGUGGAAGUGCGAUCCAAGCGUCACGAUCGUGAUGCUGACCUUGAACUUCAUUGAAGUUCUGAUUCUUGCAAGUAUUUUCUACAACUUGCCCGCGAGCACCUCGUCCUUCUUCCACAGGGGUGCCGUUGUUUUCAUGCUGGUGCUGCUGAACGCAUUCGGUUCUAUAAUGGAGAUCUUUGCGUUAUACGCGAAGCGUACUAUUAUAGAAAAGCACAACCGGUACGCUUUGUAUCACCCCAGCGCCGAAGCCUUGUCUUCGAUGGUCUUCGAUUUGCCCUACAAAGUGCUAAACUCAGCGCUUGUAAACACGACGCUGUAUUUCAUGGCCGGACUCCGACUCGACGCGGGAGCUUUCUUCUUCUUCUACCUGGUCGGAUUCGCCAUGUUGUUGUCUAUGAGCAUGUUGUUCCGCUUGUUUGCCUCCGUCACCAAAACUAUUGCUCAAGCAUGGGCUCCUAGUUCACUUUUACUCAUAGCUAUCUGUAUCUACACCGGAUUCAUCAUACCUAUCCAGUAUAUGCUGGGCUGGGCUUCGUGGAUAAGAUGGAUCAACCCUAUCGCGUAUGGCUUCGAGGCUGCCAUGGUCAAUGAAUUCAAUGGUCGGGAGUUCCCAUGCCAUUAUUUCAUCCCUUCGGGUCCUUUAUACGACAGUGUUACUCCUGAGCAGCGGGCAUGUGCUGUCCAAGGUUCGGUCCCUGGCCAGGACAGCGUCAGCGGCACCGCCUAUGUGGAAACGGCUUUUGGCUACCAUUACCGAAACAGAUGGCGAAAUUUCGCCAUUAUCGUAGCAAUGACCGUUGUUCUCGCUGUUGCUCAUCUUGUCAUGUCGGAGGUUGUAGCCUCGGAGCGCUCCAAGGGCGAGGUUCUGGUAUUCAGGAGAGGGAAAAUGCUCAAGGCCAAGACUAAGCGCCAGUCCACCGACGAGGAGACAGGAAAACAACAAGUGCUCGGUUCAGAGAAGCCAGACGAGACGUCGAUGUCGCAUUCCAGUGUCGAAAUGCAGACAUCCAUUUUUCAUUGGGAGGAUGUUUGCUUUACUAUCAAUAUCAAGAAAGAGGAAAGAGUGAUUCUGGACCACGUGGAUGGUUGGAUUAAACCGGGCACUUUGACGGCGUUGAUGGGGGUCUCUGGGGCAGGGAAAACCACGCUUCUUGACGUGCUUGCAUCGCGAACCACUAUGGGAGUUGUCACAGGAGACAUGUUUGUUGACGGCCGUGAGCGAGAUCAGUCCUUUCAACAACAAACCGGAUAUGUGAUGCAGCAAGACAUCCAUCUACAUACCUCUACCGUCCGCGAGGCGCUGGAGUUCAGCGCGCUUAUGCGCCAACCUCCGGAGUAUACUCGCGAAGAGAAGGUUCGUUAUGUCGAUACAGUCAUCGCUCUUCUGGGAAUGGAGGAAUAUGCUGACGCAGUGGUGGGCGUCCCCGGUUCUGGCCUCAAUGUGGAACAACGGAAACGUCUUACGAUUGGUGUGGAGCUCGCGGCCCGACCCAAGCUGUUGCUCUUUCUUGACGAACCGACAUCAGGUUUAGACUCUCAGACUUCGUGGUCUAUUUGCAACUUGAUGGAAAAGCUCACGCGUAACGGCCAAGCAAUUUUAUGUACGAUUCAUCAGCCUUCUGCCAUGCUUUUCCAGCGCUUCGAUAGACUUCUGCUGCUGGCAGAAGGGGGCAAGACGGUCUAUUUUGGAGAGAUUGGACGACAGUCGCAAACACUUCUUGAUUACUUUGAAAGGAAUGGGGGUCCCAAAUGCCCACCUGGUGUUAAUCCUGCGGAGCACAUGCUUGAGGUUAUCGGAGCGGCACCCGGUGCCCAUACAGAUAUUGACUGGCCUUCAGUGUGGCGAGAGAGCAAAGAAUAUGAGGAGGUUCGAGCAGAGCUCCGUCGAUUGCGGGAGUCGGUCAAUCAGCCAUCAGCAGUGGUUGAGCCGAAUGGAACCAGCUACCAGGAGUUCGCCGCCCCCUUCAUGACCCAGCUCUACGAGGUGGGCAAGCGUGUCUCUCAGCAGUACUGGAGAACGCCGUCCUACAUAUAUUCGAAAGCCCUCCUCACCGUGGGUAGCGCUCUCUUCAUCGGCCUCUCAUUUCUCAACGCGAACAACACCAUGCAAGGCCUGCAGAAUCAGAUGUUCGCCCUGUUCAUGUUUAUCUUCGUCGUUAUUCAAGUCAUUUAUCAAAUCAUGCCAGUCUUCGUCACCCAGCGCACGCUGUACGAGGCGCGUGAGCGCGCGUCCAAAACAUACCGCUGGCAAGCUUUCGUUCUGUCCAAUAUUUUGAUUGAGAUGUUUUGGAACUCUGUCAUGGCCGUUCUUUGCUUCCUGGUCUGGUACUACCCCGUUGGCCAAUACCGCAAUGCCUCCGCCACCGGCACCACAAACAUCCGCGGCUUCCUCGCCCUCCUCAUCAUCUGGGUGACUUUCCUCUUCGCGUCCUCCUUCUCCCAUCUCCUCAUCGCCGGGGUGGCCAACGAAGAAAUCGGCGGCGCCCUCGCCACGAUCUUCUCCAUCCUGCUGUACGCCUUCUGCGGCAUCCUCGCCGGGCCGGACCAGUUGCCCGGUUUCUGGAUCUUCAUGUACAGGGUGAAUCCAUUCACCUACCUGGUCUCCGGUCUCAUGUCCGCGACCCUCGGAGACGCCCCCGCCUACUGCGCAGAAAACGAGUACCAGCGUUUCGCCGCGCCCCCGAACAUGACGUGUGGGGAAUAUCUCUCGCCUUACAUCUCCAUGGCGGGUGGAUACGUGCAGAAUCCCGACGCGCAAGGCGGAGGCGAGGAGCAGUGCCGUUUCUGUCAGAUGGCAAAUACGGAUCAGUUUUUGAGGAAGGUGAAUGUGGAUUUUGCGAAUCGCUGGAGAGAUUUCGGGCUGCUUUGGGUGUAUGUCGUGGUGAAUGUGGCGGGGGCUGUGGGGCUUUAUUGGUUGUGUAGGGUGCCAAAGGGGAGGAAGAGGAAGAGCGCGUAG